AUGGCGCCAAAAAGAUCCAACAAUCGAUCUACGGACUAUAGUCUGGGACUUUUGAAUAAUAUAAAUGCGCCCGGGCGCGACGCCCAGAAUACACAGGACCCCAAAAGGCGCCGUACCCAUGCCGAUGUUUUUGAUAUUCCCAUCUCUCCCUCCCCGACCAAAUCCCGAAAGACUCCUCAAACCGAACCAAAAUAUACAAGGGGCCUGAAUUUGAGAAACCGUACAGUGCGUAGACUCGCGCGAUUGGAUUCAUCCCCAAGCAUUUCCGACAACAAAGAAGACAAGGAGCCUAGCAACGACGGAUCUAGGUCAGGCGAUGACGAGUCUGAAUCAAUUCAAGAUCGAACUGGUAACAGAAGGGAGGAGGAAUUGGCUGAUAACCGCGACGAGUUUGAGCCCGAGCCUGAACACGAUCCGUUCCCCGAACCAGUCGAUCUGUUCCCAGCCGAAGAUGAGGAUCAAGCUGACCAUCAGGCUGUACACGAAAACAGAGAUGCACAAGACGACGCACCUGGAGACGUAUACAAAUACGGCGAACAGAAUGAGGCAGAUGAUCAAUUUGGAGAGGAAGCUAGAGAGGAAGCUAGAGAUCCGUCUGAACACGAAUCCGAAUAUGAAGACGACGAAGAGGCAGAUAACCAAGCCGAGGAGAAAGCUAGAGAUGCACAAGACGAUGCGUCUGACCAUGGGUCCGAAUAUGAAGCCGAAGAAGAGGCAGAUGAUCAAGCUGGGAAGAAAGCCAGAGACACACAAGACGAUGCUUUUGAGGACGGAACCGAACACGAAGAUGAAGAGGUAGAUGAUCACUCUUCAGCUGAUACCCAGAAUCAUUCAACACCCACCCAGCAGAUAGCAAAUGCAAACACUUUCGAGGUCCAAAUCCUUGAGAGUGCACCAAGAAACAAAAGGGAUGGCACACACAUAAGUCGCGAUGCCCGGGAAUCCCAGAAUGUCUCAUCUCAGCUUCAGGAAGUACCAGAGACUCCCACAAUCCAGUCACCUCGCUCAAACCAGGAUAAUGAAAGCAUCCGCCCCACCAUCUUCACGUGGCUAACAGAGACCACCAAAGAAUCUGUUUUCAAGGAUACCUGGGAAGCCAUCCGCAAAACGAGAAAAUCACUCAAGGCCCACGCCGAUCCCUCUACGAAAGAGCAUUUCAGGGGGAUCAUAAAGCUUAUUGGGCGGCUACGAGAUCUGUUUGAAACAAUGACAAACGAUCCUGCUUCAGCUUCUUCCUUGAAAACUCAGUGCAGCCUCAUCGCCAACAGCGUUUUUAAAGAGACCCAGUGGAUCGUUUACACCGAAGCCCCAGAGGAUGAAGAGAAUGGUGCACACCUGGUAAAUCAGCUGGAAGCCCAUAUUAUUCCCCGUCUGAUUGACCUGAUCAUACUUGGAUUCAAGACCUACAAGACUAUAAAUGAUCGGGGAGCGCGACAUUUCCGCAUUAUUCUGGAUUUGAUUUGGGGGUCCUGUGAUAGGAUAUCUUCUCUCGCCCAGAUGAAUUAUGCUAUUAGUGUGAGCGUGAUGGCUCGCUCUAGAAGAGUGGUGCACCACGUGAAGACUCUCAAGGACGCACUAAAAGACGGCCGGCUACGCGAGACACCUCAUUGCAUUCCCCCACGCACUCUACCGUACAAGCACUUUGAGUUGGAAGAGGUCCACAGUCAUAUCUCUUGUGGACGAUGGACAUAUGCAGAGAAGACCGCACUCCGCGAGGGUUUACUACUAUAUGGGGGGGAAGAUCGAUAUAUUGAUAUCAAGUGCGACCACACAAUCGGUAGUCAACUCUCCGAGCGCAUCUUACAAGAUAUCCAGAGCCAAACCGUUAAACUCGGGUUGCAUGAUUUAUCCAGAAGUUCUUAG